AUCUUGGGGUUCAGUUAUUCAUUUAGAGGACUACUAAGUUUUCACCAGCAUUUCUAGACAUUUUGUAGCAGAAAGUUUUCAAGUUAAUUCAUCUGUUGUGUUGAUUCCUGAAUCAAUACUCCCAUACUUUGUUUCUUUACACUCUCACAUUUUAUGUUUCCUUUCUCAGCAUGAAGAUUGGUGACUUUUCUGCCAAACUUUCUCUUAGGUCGUCCUUCCUUGAGUCCUUUCUACAGCCAGAGUCUUUAAGAUUGGAUUGGCUGCUUUUGGCAGUGUCUCAUGAUGCUCCACCAAGCACAAGCACAAUGGAUGAUGAAGGAUGCCCCAGGGCUCAUUCACACUUGCUUUCCUGGGGUUACAGUCAGCUGAUCCUUCAUCUAAUUAAACUUCCUGCAGAUUUUACAACCAAAGAGAAAAUGACGGACAUCUGUAGGUCUUGUGGUUUCUGGCCUGGAUAUCUUACUCUCUGUUUGGAGCUGGAGAGAAGAAGAGAGGCCUUCACCAACAUUGUGUACCUGAAUGAUAUGAGCCUGAUGGAAGGGGACAAUGGUUGGAUCCCAGAGACUGUGGAGGAAUGGAAGCUUCUCCUACGUCUUGUACAGAACAAGAGCACAAGGCCAGCCCCCCAGGAGUCACUAAAUGGGAACCUCAGUGAUGGGCCUUCCCCCAUCAAUGUGGAGAAUGUGGCACUCCUGUUAGCCAAGGCCAUGGGCCCCGAUCGGGCUUGGUCACUGCUACAGGAAUGUGGUCUGGCUGUUGAGUUGUCAGAGAAGUUUACCAGAACCUGUGAUAUCCUGAGGAUUGCUGAGAAAAGGCAGAGAGCCUUGAUACAAAGUAUGCUUGAAAAAUGUGAUCGGUUUCUCUGGUCUCAGCAGGCCUAGUGGGAGAAGAUUUGGCAAGAUGUUAUGACAUUUUGAGAAAAACUGAAUCCUGAACCUUCUGAAUGCAUUUGUUAUUGAAGGAAAGGCCCCACCCCAAAACCCUGCCACUUUAUUGGGGCUACUUUUGUCAGUGUCUAUAACCUUGGCAUUUGUGGCUUAGCAACCUCAGCAUUUCUCAACCAAAGUUAGAUUUUGUAAGGAGUCAGUCCUUGUUUGCUGGAAUCAGAGUGUGCAUGUUCACAGCUGUGUGGUCUUUAUUCUUGCAGUUCAGCAGUAUUAUUUGCUCGUCCCUAGUGGAUUGAAGGGAGUUCUUUUCCUACCGUGGCUCCCAUGUUGGGAGCAGAAGCUUCUCAUCCUGGUGAGAAGAAGACAGAUAAUGUUAUUGACUGGAAUUGAAUUCUUUUUAUAUCUUGUCUGAGGCAGUCUAGAAAUUCCUGAAAGAAGACCUGGUAUGAUGGAAUUAACGCAUAAAAUAAGUGAAACACUGAAGAUUCAAAUUAGAAAUUUGACUAAAAUGUUCCUAUAUCUAAAUUAAGCUAAUUUAAAAUAUUUUUUUCUUAGUAUUUAUUUGACAUUUUCUAAUCUGAAGCAAUAUACAACUGACUAACUCAUUACUGGAAAUGUGUUAUCUUUAAUCUUUCCUAAACUGAGUAGCCUUAAAGAAUUAUGCACUUUUAAAAAUUAUUUUUUAAAAAGCCAAAAUAAAAGAAAGCUGAGUACUAAUAAAGACUGCAGUGAGUGCUUGUAUUAUUUAAGCUGUAUAACUAGAUUGUUAUUUGUCAGGCUUCUGUACAUUUACAUAGCAUGUUACAUUAAUAAUAAACAUAAAAUAUGAUUAAAA